UAUUUUCCCCAAAAUUAAUACUAUAAUUGGAAAAUCCCCAAAACUAACAUGGUUUUUUCAACUAAAUCUUUCAUUAAUUCGUUGAACCAUUCAACAAUUUUUUGAACAGUUGAACUCCGAACACCAUAAACUGGAAUAAGCUAUUCUUGUAUUGGAAUAGAAGCAAACCAGGUUGAUGAAUAGGUGCAACCAAACACUACUGUCUUCUCCAACCUAACGCACGCCCAGUCCAAAACCGCAGAACAAAUUGCAACUCCAUGCACGAUUGCCUCCCACAACCGCACACCGCCACGUCCCAACUUCGCAGCAGGCCACCGGAGAAUUCAGUAGCCACCGCCCCUACCGGAGCAACACUGCACGCCGCUCAGAUCGUCUCCAGCACCCACCGGAGUAGCGCUGAUCUCCCACUGCACACGUCGAUGGAAACCCACAGUCGGUCAGAGGAACCUAACCACUACGGCAGCACUACAGCAGAGAGGGCAAAGACAGAAGUUUCUGAAAGUUUAAUCAAUAGGAUCUACGAUGUCUUCUCUGAUGGCAUACAUUUUGCAACACCAGUUUCCUCAUUGAGAACAAAUGAAGUUGACCUGGUACAAGGUGUUUUGCGGAUGUUGCAAGGACUUUCUAGUUCCUUGUUUUAUUGGGACCAGAGUGAAGGGAGUUUUGAUUCCAAAACUGGGAUAUAUGUGGCUCACCUUUCCCAUACAAGCCUUGUUACCAUUCUCAAUCAAUUUAUGUAUGCUGCGACAUGUUUACGGCUGGUAGAAAUAGUAGUAAAUAAAGUUGAGACAUCUGUGAGGUUACCUCCUACUUUGAGGGCAUUUACAUGCUCUGUUUCUGCAUGGCUUAAGAGGUUGAGGGAUAUUGCUCUCAAGGAGGAAAUGAAGAUACAUAAUGCUGACAUUGGAACCACUCUGACCCUAUUAGGUUUGAGCAGUUCUUUAUCAAGUCUUUGCUCAGGUGCUGAGCAUUUAUUUCAAAUAGUCCAUGGAGCUAUUCCCCAAGAGUUUUUUGAGUCUAAAUCUUCUGUUCCAUCUGCGGAAUUGGCCAUUCACAUGCUUGACUAUCUUUACAAGAAGCUUGAUGAAGUGUGUCUAGUGCAAGGUGGUGAGGAGGAAGCUUAUCAGAUGCUACUUCAUAUAUUUGUUGGGAGUUUGUUGCCAUAUAUUGCGGGUCUUGAUUCCUGGCUAUUUGAAGGAACACUCGAUGAUCCUUUUGAGGAGAUGUUUUUUUAUGCUAACAGAGCAAUCUCGGUUGAUGAAGCUGAGUUUUGGGAGAAGAGCUAUUUAUUAAGAUUAGUCCAGUUUCAGAAGUCUGGUGAUGAGCUCUCUACCACAACUCAUGCCACUGAUCGUGUACCUUUAACAAAUGACAAGAAGGAAAUCAGUGAUUGGAGCAUUAGAAACUGCCAAGCUUGUCCUCUAUUUAUUAAGGACAUAUCUAAAUCGAUUCUAUCUGCUGGAAAAUCAUUGCAGCUGGUCCGACAUGUUUCUGCCACUUUCUCAGCAGUAUCUGGCAAGGGAAGUGAUUCUCAGUUUGAUGGUUUUGGAAAUUCUGGUGAUGGUUUUCAUCGUGGGCAGAGUAUAGCAGGGUUAACCUUAUCAGAAGUUUUCUUGGUGUCCUUAGCAGGUCUUAUAGGCCAUGGUGAUCACAUCUAUAGAUACUUUUGGCAAGAUGAGCACUGCAAAUCUGAAAUUACUACAUCAUUCUUUGAAUCCUGUGUGAACAAGCUAAAAGUGGAAAAUCAUGGUAGUGGAACUUUGCCACUUCUAGCAUGCUCAGAGACAAUUUGGUAUAAGUUCUUGGUUGAUACAUUGCUGCAGAAAAGAUCAACCAAUUUAGAUUCUGCAUAUAAGGAUGCAAGUUAUUUUCAAGACGCAAAUGUAGAGUAUAUUUUUGCGGGUACUGGGGAUAAAUUGCCCCUCGUGGAAUCAUUCUGUGCAGAAAAUCCAGUUAUUACUGUGUGUCGGACAGUCCUUAGAAAGAAUAUGGAUGCCUGGAAAACAUUUAACUUGUCCAGAAAUUUUUAUCUAUCCCCUUUAAACGAUGAGGUUUUACGACAGGCCAUAUUUGGCGGUGAGAGCAGAUCUUCUCAUGCUACUCAAGGAACAAGCUAUACAUUUGGUUUUCAUUUUCGCAAAUCUGAAUAUUUUCGUUCACAAAAUGACACAGAGCUGUUAGAAGUGUUGUUUCCUUUUCCUACUCUUCUUCCUUCAUUUCAGGAUGAUCUCCACAUGUCGGAGCUGUUACCUUUCCAGAAAAACAGCACCCUUGCAUCAAGAGUUCUUAGCUGGAUUCAAAAUGUUGAACCAAGAGCUACUCCACUUCCUGUGGUUAUUAUGCAGGAAUGCCUUACUGUCUACGUUAAGAAGCAAGUAGAUUAUAUCGGCAAGCAUAUAUUGUCAAAGUUGAUGACUGAUUGGAGAUUGAUGGAUGAGCUUGCAGUAUUGCGUGCCAUAUACUUGUUAGGUUCAGGUGAUCUACUGCAGCACUUUUUGACUCUGAUUUUCAAUAAGCUGGACAGGGGAGAAGCCUGGGAUGAUGAUUUUGAGUUGAAUACAAUACUACAGGAAUCUAUUAGAAACUCUGCUGAUGGAAUGCUACUAAGUGCUCCAGAUUCAUUGGUUGUAUCCAUCACUAAAAAUCAAGGUAUUAAUGGUGAUCAGCAACCUAAUGCAGCUACUGUUUCCCCGACUCCUCGUAAAAGUCGUACUCACAAUUUUGGGAUUGACGGGCUUGAUUUACUGAAAUUUACCUACAAGGUCUCUUGGCCGCUUGAACUUAUUGCUAACACAGAAGCUGUUAAGAAGUAUAACCAAGUGAUGGGAUUCCUGUUGAAGGUCAAGCAUGCAAAAUUUGUUCUCGAUAAGGCUCGGAGGUUGAUGUGGAAGGGUAGAAGCACUGUAACAAACAACCGCAAGCGCCACUGGUUGGUGGAGCAGAAACUCCUCCAUUUCGUGGAUGCUUUUCACCAAUACGUAAUGGACAGAGUAUAUCAUAGUGCAUGGCUUGAACUAUGUGAAGGUAUGGCAGCGGCUCUAUCCUUGGAUGAAGUCAUUGAAGUACAUGAGGCCUACUUAUUGUCGAUUCAGCGCCAGUGUUUUGUAGUGCCAGAUAAAUUGUGGGCCCUGAUUGCAAGCCGAAUCAACAGUAUUCUUGGAUUAGCGCUUGAUUUCUAUUCCAUACAGCAUACACUAAGUAGUGGUGGAGCAGUUUCUGCAAUCAAGGCCAGAUGUGAAAUGGCAGUGGACCGAAUUGAGAAACAGUUUGAUGAUUGCAUUGCUUUCCUACUCAGAGUCCUAUCUUUCAAGCUCAAUGUGGGGCAUUUCCCUCAUUUGGCAGAUUUGGUUACUAGGAUCAACUAUAACUAUUUUUACAUGUCUGAUGGUGGAAACUUGAUGGUUGCACCUAGCCCCGAAACUGUAGGUUUGAGACUGGGGAAGGCCUUUGGGGGUAGAACAGAGUAAUUACUAUUUGUUCAUUGUUAUGAUACUACAUCUCUGAAUUCUUUUGAGGGCCAGAAUGUCCUAUCAUUUGCACAGAAUCUGAAAAACGCCCGUUUUCCCUCCUUUCUUUGGGUUUGUUGAAGGAAGCAGCUGUUGUGUGGCAGGAGCCUCACAGAUCUCAGAAUUUGCCACCCAUGUCUUUCUAGUCCUCUGGAAAAUAUCUUGCUUCCUUUGCAAUGUUAUGUUUCAUAGCCAUUCUAGGCAUUUUCUGCAAAUAUGUGCUUGUAAGACUCUCAGGUCAUGAUAUUUUGGCUCCCAAAAAGAACAUCUAAAAGGUGUUCAAAUGUAACAUAUUGUAAUUUAUAUCACUGCUUACAGGGCAAAUGAUACAUGUGUAUUACAGUGAACAUGAACGCAAGAUUAUUGCUUU